AUGACUCGUGCGGAGAAAGAUCCUAAAAUAACUCGUGCGGAGAAAGAUCCUAAAAUAACGAAGCAAAGAAAUGGAGUUAAAAAUUAUAUUAAUUUCAUAGAAAAUUCGCACCCUGGGAAACAAGCCUUUCCUGUUACAAGAGAUUACUUAAAUGAAUAUUUUACUUACAAAAUUGACGUAUGCAAAACGAAGACCAAAACCUUGACUCUUUAUUUAGCGAAUAUUAAAGCUCAUAAUAAAGCUCUUGGAUUUGGAUGGAAGCACAGUAUUUUUAAUGCAAUUGAAGAAAAAAUCAAAAUUCAAAAUAAAAUAGCUUCACCUUCUACGUUAAACGCUUCAUUUUAUGAAUUUGACCCUCAGUUAUCGCAACAAGUAUCUAUCUUACCUAUCUCUGAUAUUGCGGACACUUCGCAGCUUGAACAAUCUUAUGAUUCGGGUUUCACUGAUGUUCUCCAUCCUAGUUUUUUCAUUAUUUCUCCCCAAAAUGACAUAUGUUCUUUCAAUAAUGUGCAAACCACGUUACUGAAUAAUAAUUCUUAUGAUCAGAGUUUUUUUGGUACUCAUUUCCCACAGGUGUGCCAUCAAUUUGAUGCGCAAAAUAAUGCGUAA